AUGGAGAAAACUUUUGAUCAACAAAUUGACUACCUUCAAGUUUUACACUGCAAAAUGUUUGGUAAACAAUUGACAAACAACAAAUCAUCUGGUGAGGAAUUGAGUGACAAUGACUUACCUGGUGAUGAAUUGACUGACAAUGACUUAUGUGGUGAGGGAUUGAGUGACAAUGACUUAUGUGGUAAGGGAUUGAAUGACAAUGACUUAUCUGGUGAGGAAUUGAGUGACAAUGAUUUAUCUGGUGAGGGAUUGAAUGACAAUGACUUAUCUGGUGAGGAAUUGAGUGACAAUGAUUUAUCUGGUAAGGAAUUGAGUGACAAUGACUUAUCUGGUGAGGAACUGACUAAUGAAUUUUCUGGUGAUGAGUUGACCAAUGACAGAUUAUCCAGUAAUGAAAUCAGCAACAAGUUAUCUGGUAACAAUGUGACUGACUACAGAUGCUCUUGCCAAGGACUGACCAGUCAUAAGUCAUCAGGUCAAGAACUGAAUGAUAACAAAUUAUCUGAUGCCAAACUGAGCAACAAUGAAUUAUUGGAGAUGAACUGA